AUGCCUCAGCCACCUCGCAAGAGGGUGAAGGCCCAAGGGAAGGAUAGCCUCAUCAUUUCACUAGAUUUUGGAACCACAUAUAGUGGAGUUUCGUAUGCUUUCUCGUCGGAGCCAGAUAGAGUAUACACGAUCGUCCACUGGCCCGGCAAUUCUGGACAAUCCGCUCCCAAAACUCCCACAACCAUUGCAUACGACCUGGACUCCACCACUUCUUUCCAAUGGGGUGACCAGUUGACCUUUUCCAACAAAGAUAUAAUCGAGGGGCUGAAAUUGCUCCUAGACCCGGAUCAGGAAUGGCCCUACUUGUUAUCUAACGAUAUUGAGGCCGAAAUGCAAAAGCUGCCGAAAUCAGUUCUGGAGGUCACCGCCGACUAUAUGAAGGCCAUUAUGAACCACGCCCUGGCAGCCAUUGAGGGGGAUUCUUUGAAUCCGGAAUAUGUGCAACGGAGGUUUGAGAAGAAGUUUGUUCUGACAGUCCCAGCCAUUUGGUCGGAUAAGGCGAAGGAUCAGACGCUACUGGCCGCGAAGAAGGCUGGAAUUUCUCCAGUCGAGCUCGUUUGCGAGUCUGAGGCGGCCGCAAUCUGUGCAUUGGCGGCAAUGAAAGACAUGGGACUAAAGGCGGGAGAUACAUUUGUGGUCUGCGACGCCGGUGGCGGCACCGUAGAUCUUGUCUCCUACGAGGUCAAAAGCCUGGAGCCGUUCCAGUUCCACGCCUUGACUACGCCGACAGGUGGCGCUUUUGGGUCUAUGAUGAUCAACAAACUCUUCGAGCAAGAGGUUCGUAGCGUCGUCGGCGGUGAUCAAGAAUAUAAAGCCCUUCGAGAGAAGGACUCAUAUCGGCAGGCACUAGUGGAUUUUAACACCAGAAUCAAACCAUCUUUCAGAGGAAGGCACGACGCUGUUAAUUAUGUUGCCUUUCACAGGGCCGGUUUGGAAGAUAACACGGCCGAAGGCCUGGAGGCCAAUUCCCUGGCUUUGACAGGGGAGAAAUUAUUCGGUAUGUUUGAUCCCAUCGUUCGGCAGGUUGAUCGCCUCGUCUCAGAACAGAUGGAGAUGGCACGAAACGAGCCAAGGCAGGCUCCAGAAGCCACACCAGGCCACAUCAAGGCCAUCAUUCUCGUCGGAGGCUUUGGGUCAAAUGUGUACCUGAAGAGCAUCAUUGAGAAAUCGAACCCCGACAUCAUGGUUAUCCCACCCAUAGAUGCAUGGACCGCAGUUUCUAAAGGCGCCGUCAUGAGCAAGUUAGGAAUUGCCCCCAUUGUCACCGCUACCAAAGUAGAAAAGCACUACGGCACGAAGAGUCGACGCAUAUGGAAGCUCGAGACCGAUCGCGGUGAGCCCAAAGUCUGGGAUGACUUGGAGGAAAUCAACAUGUGUCGGAUCUACCAGUGGUUCAUACACAAGAAUUCCACGUUCUCCAGAGAUGAGAGACUGACGAUAUCUCUCGCCCAAACGUUUUACGGGAAAACGCCUCAUCCUUCCAGACUGAAUAUUGAAACAGACCUUCUUGAGUACGACGCUGAAUACGCACCGGAGCAUCGUCCGGAACAUGAAGCCAAAGAUGCCCGAGUGAGACGAAACUGCGUCUUGAAGACCGACCUCAGCCUCGUACCGAGUCGACUCUUUAUCCACAAGAAACGUCCUUCAGACUACGCCGACUACGUGGAACUCUACUUCGAUCUGGUGAUUCGAAACGAUCCGUCCGGACUUUUGAAGUUCUCGCUGGAAGUGGACGGAGUCGAAUAUUCGUGCGUCGAUACCGAGUACUAG